UUAACACCCUCCCCAGCCCCCCCCCCCGGGUGCCCGCGCCGCUCGGAGCUUCCGCAGCCUCCGUCCCCGCUUCCCAGGGGCACCAUGCCCGGCCUGUACUGCCCCUCCAGCUGGACGCCGCUGCCGCUCACCGACUCGUGGGUCCGAGCUCGCGCCAACGGCCCCUGCCUCAGCCUGCGCGCGCGGCUCACCUACCGCAACCCGCAGCCGCAGCCGGUGGACGGGGUCUUCGUGUACCCGCUGGCCGAGGCCGAAGUGGUGUCUGGCUUCGAGGCGGAGGCUGCGGGCCGGCGCGUGUCCUUCCAGCUGCAGAGCCGGCGCCGAUGGCAAGCCGCCUGCUGCCGCGCCCUGGGCCCCAGCGCGGGGGCCCCCACGCCCCGCCGCUGCGCGCAGGGUCACCUUGUCCUGGACCUGGUGCAGGCCCAGUCGGCACUCGUGCUGCCCACGGGCCUCAUCGGCGCGGCCAGCACCAUGACGGUGACCCUGCAGAGCAGCCGGGAGCUCCCCUCCAGACCUGACGGGGUACUGCACGUGGCUCUGCCUUCUGUGCUCACCCCGCUGGUCCCGCCAGGCGCGCCGGGGCCCCCCAGGCCCCCGGGGCUCUGUGACGACAGCCCGACCAGCUGCUUCGGGGUGGGGACGCCCCAGGAGGAAGGACCGGCCUGGGAGGAGCAGGCUGCCCCUCCAGAUGUGUUCUCAGGCCCUGCCCGCUGCCCUGCCCCCUACACCUUCUCCUUCGAGAUGCUGGUGACCGGGCCAUGCCUGCUGGCAGGCCUGGAGAGCCCCUCACAUGCCCUGCGUGCUGACGCGCCCCCUCACGCCAGCUCGGCAGCCACCAUCUGUGUCACGCUGGCGGAGGGCCACCGCUGUGACCGGGCUGUGGAGAUCCUGCUCUACCCCAGUGAGCCCCACCAGCCCCACCUGAUGCUGGAGGCCGGCAGCCUGAGUGCGGCUGAGUAUGAGACCUGGGUCAGGGCCCGCCGGGACUUCCAGAGGCUCCAGCGAAGGGACAGCGAUGGGGAGCGGCAGGUGUGGUUCCUGCAGCGCCGUUUCCACAAGGACAUCCUGCGGAACCCCGUGCUGCUGCUGAGCUUCUGUCCCGACCUGAGUGCCCGGCCUGGCCACCUGGGCAUGGCCACCCGGGAGCUCCUCUUCCUGCUGGACAGCAGCGCUGUAGCACACAAGGACGCCAUCGUUCUGGCUAUCAAGUCCCUCCCGCCCCAGACCCUUGUCAACCUGGCACUGUGUGGCGUGUCCGUGCAGCCAGUCUUCCCGGAGAGCAGGCCCUGCAGUGACGACACUAUGCGGCUCCUCUGCGAGCAUGUGGACACGCUGCAGUUGGCCGGCGGCCCCCUGGAUGUGCUGGCUGCCUUGGACUGGGCCCUGGGGCAGCCUCAGCACCGGGCACACCCGCGGCAACUGUUCCUGCUUGCCGCCGCCUCGCCCACGGCCACCGUCACCCAGCGAGUGCUCGGGCUCAUGAGGGGACACCGGGGGACCGCCAGGUGCUUCGCCUUUGGGCUGGGGUCGUGCUGCCGCCAGCUUCUGCGGGGUCUGGCCACCCUCAGCCGGGGUCAGGCCUUCUUCCUGAGGCCUGGGGACAGGCUGCAGCCCCUGCUGGUGCAGGCCCUGCGGAAGGCCCUGGAGCCGGCCCUGAGCGACAUCUCCGUGGACUGGUUUGUGCCCGAUGCCGUGGAGGCCCUGCUGACGCCCCGGGAGAUUCCCGCACUCUACCCCGGGGACCAGCUGCUCGGCUACUGCUCUCUCGUCAGGGUGGAUGGCUUCCGGCCUCACCCCCCAGCGGCCCCGGAGCCUGGCUGGCAGAGCCUGGGGGGCUCCGUGUUCCCGUCCCCGGAGGAGGCACCAUCUGCCACCAGCCCUGGCACGGAGCCCACUGGCACCUCGGAGGCCCUGGGCACGGGCACUGUGUCGGCAGAGCUGUCCAGCCCGUGGGCCGCUGGGGACUCGGAGCAGAGCGCGGAGGCCCUGACGGACCCCGUCUCGGACCCGGGGCCCAACCCCUCCGCAGACACGGCCAUCUGGCGCCGCAUCUUCCAGUCCUCCUACAUCCGGGAGCAGUACGUGCUCACUCACUGCUCCGCCAGCCCCGAGCCGGGCCCCGGCUCCACGGGCAGCAGCGAGUCCCCCCACUCCCAGGGCCCCGGCUCCCCGGAGGGCCCCGCCCCCCCGGACCCACCGUCACAGCAGGGCUGCCGCAGCCUGGCCUGGGGAGACCCUGUGGGCUCCCGCUCCUGCCCACUGCCUCCUCCCCCUCUGACCCCCGUCAAGGCUGGCGCCCUGAGCGCCGAGGUGCUGGGUAGGCGACGCAGAGCCGCCCUGGCGGGCCGCAGCCUCUCAUCCCCGCCCGGCCGCCCGAACCCUGCCCCGGGCCGGCCCCGACAGCCUUCUCUGGGGGCCGCACCAGACGAGCCGGGCUCAGAGCCAGCACAGCAGCUGGGCCAGGGCCUGGAUGACUCAGGGAAUCUGCUCUCCCCGGCCCCCAUGGACUGGGACAUGCUGCUGGACCCGCCUUUCUCAUUCUCGGCUCUGCCCCCCAGCAGGGAGUCGGCCCCUCCAGCCGUGCCCUCGCCCCCCCAGGCCCCGCGCUGCCACGUGGUGAUCCGGGCCCUGUGCGGGGAGCAGCCCAUGUGCUGGGAGGUGGGGGUUGGGCUGGAGAGCCUCUGGGGGCCUCCUAAUGGGGGCCCCCUGCCCCCAGCAGCCCCUGAAAGAGAAGGUGCUUGGGACCCAGCGCUCCACCGGCUGACAGCGGCCUCUGUGGUCCGGGACAACGAGCAGCUGGCACUCCGCGGAGGGGCAGAGGCCGUGGCCGACAGCGGCCCUGCCCGGAGGUCCUGGCUGCGGGCCGUGCAGACCAGCAAGGCCAGCUCUGCCCCUUCUUGCUUCACCUGCCCGGUGGCCGUGGACGCCACCACCCGGGAGGUGCUGUCCUCGGGCCUGCAGGUGCGCAGUGCAGAGCCCAUGGAACCCCCGGGCAGCCCUCUGACCUCUCAGGGCCGUCUGUCCACGGCUGUCUACUCCCAAGGUGGCCCGGACCCGAAGCACAACGGCAGCCCCAAGACUGAGUGGGGGGCCCCCGUGGGCCCCCCGCCCCCGUCGCGGCCCCUCCCGGGCUUGCGACUCGGGAGGUGGAGGGAGGCGCGGCCCGGCGCGGCCCGGCUCAGCGGCUGGUCCCCCCACCUCCUCUCUCCUCAGGUGCGGCUGCAGGAGGCGGCCGGCUCCUUCCGCCUGGACGCGCCUUUCUGCGCCGCCGUGUCCAUCCCGCGGGAGCGCCUGGGCCGCGCCUCGCCCUUCGCCGCGCACCGCGCCAGCCUCAGCCCUGCGUCGGCCUCGUCCCCCUGGGCCCUGCUGGGCCCCGGCACGGGCCGGGGCGACGGCACCACGGCCUCGUGCAGCCCGUCCGCCAGCUCGGGCUCCGAGGGGCCGGGCCAGGCGGACAGCGGGCGCGGCUCCGACACGGAGGCCUCGGACGGGGCAGAAGGGCUGGAGGGCAGCGAUCUGCGGGGCCGCAGCUGGGCCACCGCGGUGGCCCUGGCCUGGCUGGAGCACCGCUGUGCGGCCGCCUUUGGCGAGUGGGAGCUGGCAGCGGCCAAGGCGGACGGCUGGCUGCGGGCCCAGCGCCUGCCCGACGGCCUGGAUCUCGCAGCCCUAAAGGCCGCCGCCCGGGGUCUGUUCCUGCUGCUGCGCCACUGGGACCAGAACCUGCAGCUGCACCUGCUGUGCUACAGCCCAGCCAACGUGUGAGGGGACGCCCAUAACCCAGUCACUGCCG